CGGCCGCCGGAAGGGGAAGUUUCGCUUCGGGACGCUGUUUCGCCCCUCCGAAUUCGGUGGAGCCACGUCUGCCGGUCACCGCCUCCUGCGCCGCGGUUCCUCCGGCCUCCGCCCGGUACCGUCCAUCCGCGAAGCCAGCUGCAUUGUGAGGGGUCGAGACGGGCACACGCGUGGCUGUGCGCAUCCUGGCGACCUGAGCGGCCAAGAUGUCGGACAUCGGGGACUGGUUCAGGAGCAUCCCGGCCAUCACGCGCUACUGGUUCGCCGCCAGCAUUGCAGUCCCCUUGGUCGGCAAACUCGGCCUCAUCAGCCCGGCUUACUUAUUCCUGUGGCCCGAAGCCUUUCUCUACCGCUUCCAGAUAUGGAGGCCAAUCACUGCCACCUUUUAUUUCCCCGUGGGUCCAGGAACUGGAUUUCUUUAUUUGGUCAAUUUAUAUUUCUUAUAUCAGUAUUCUACACGACUUGAAGCAGGAGCUUUCGAUGGGAGGCCAGCAGACUAUUUAUUCAUGCUGCUCUUUAACUGGAUUUGCAUCGUGAUUACGGGCUUGGCAAUGGAUAUGCAGUUGCUGAUGAUCCCUCUGAUCAUGUCAGUACUUUAUGUCUGGGCGCAGCUGAACAGAGACACGAUUGUGUCAUUUUGGUUUGGAACACGAUUCAAGGCCUGUUACUUACCUUGGGUCAUCCUUGGAUUCAACUAUAUCAUUGGAGGCUCGGUUAUCAAUGAGUUGAUUGGAAAUCUUGUUGGACAUCUUUAUUUCUUCCUAAUGUUCAGAUACCCAAUGGACUUGGGAGGAAGAAAUUUUCUAACUACACCUCAGUUUUUGUACCGCUGGCUGCCCAGUCGGAGAGGAGGGGUGUCGGGCUUUGGUGUGCCCCCCGCUAGCAUGAGACGAGCUGCCGACCAGAAUGGCGGAGGUGGAAGGCACAACUGGGGCCAGGGCUUCCGACUUGGAGACCAGUGACCGAGCUGCCGCUGGCCUGCCACCAGCUGCCCACGCAGCACCUCUUCUCCCAGGGCUGGGUGUGCUUCACAGCUGAGUCCUAGCUAAUGCUGUUGGACCUGACCUGCACCGAAUGUAGUCUUUCAGUAUGAGACAAAGAUUUUUAAAUCUUGAAGGAAAAUACAGGUGUUCCUCAAGUUUCAUGAUUCUCAUUGAAGUCCUUACUGCUAUGAAGAACAAAUAUCAACAGCGCAAAUUUCCAAACUGACUCUAUUUUGGUGUUUUCACUUUACCCUUUCCAUCUGAAAAAUGGGUGUUAGAGGUCCUGGUCUGCUGGCACUGAGCUGGGUCUGGGUUGGGCUACAGACCCUGUCCAAAGGAUUCUCCUCUCUCUCUUGCACACAUACCUCCUUCCUUCUUUUCCCGGCUCCCAAAGUUGCAACUGGAGGGGUUGCUCACAAAAUGGCUCUGCCUUUUGACAAACUUUUAUUUAUUGACUCUGCCGAGGCUUGGUCACAAAGAACUUGUUCACAGGUGUUUUCCCCCUUCAGUGGCAGAACUGUAAUAGGGGAGAAGACUGAGCAGUGGAUGAAGAGCUUUCUCAGCUUUCAGGAUUGCGUCGACCCGACAGCAGUUACAACCAUGUGUCACCUCUUCAGAUACUUUUGUAAAAAGGCAUCGAGUCACAGAGGGGCCAGAUUGGUAUUAAUGAGAUUUGAUGAUUGUUGCUAGGCGGGUCUUUUCCCAAGGAGUGAGAGGGCCGGAGUGGUGUUGCUUCUGCCACAGGGCACAGGUUUCGUGACUGAGCUUCCUGUGUGGGGCAUACUGGUGGCGAGCGUGGAGUACUUGAGUUGUGUUUAGAGCUCCAGAUCCCGUCGGCCGCAGAGAGCUGAUCCUGGGAGAGGCUCCUGGACCUGGGUUCUGGUUGAUCUCAGUCUGUAUAUGCGCAGCGUAGGGGAGGGGAGAACCUCAGACCUUGUUGAAGUUGUCAGUUUUCUCUUGCCUCUGCCUGUUUUGGUCAGGUGUUGCAGGUAAUUGUGAGGAAAGUGCAGCUCUCCUGUAGGUUAAUCACUUUUUAAAGCUAAUAGAAGCACAUAUGAGUGAAUCACACAUAGUUUUGGAUUGUUAGGGCUUUAGAAUCAUUUGUGUUUGGAAGUUUUUAUGAUUUUGAGUCUUGGAUGUCCUUGCGUUGUGCAUCAGACCAGCUUGACUACCCACACAGGGGCUUCCCCAUCAGAGUUUG